UGUCUCUCUCUCAUAUCUCUGUCUGUCUCAUGUCUCUCUCUCAUGUCUCUUUCUCUCUCUCAUGUCUGUCUCUCUCUCAUGUCUCUGUCUGUCUCUCUCUCAUGUCUCUCUCAUGUCUCUCUCAUGUCUGUCUCUCUCUCAUGUCUCUGUCUGUCCCUCUCUCAUGUCUCUCUCAUGUCUGUCUCUCUCUCAUGUCUCUCUCUUCCGUCUCCCAGUUCCCAGACGCUGGCCGGUCUUGAGUAUGUCCAGCAGUGUCUCAAGUAUGAGUGGGACAUUUGUCUCCUGCUCACCAAGCGAGCUUCAAUCAACACAGAGCUGGCUCGCACGGAAGAAGAUGACAAAAUGGCGUCCACCAUGAACCACUGCAUCUUGCUCCAAGAGCGGCCAAUUAGACAGACCGUCACCAGGGAGGCACUCACCCUUCUGCUGGAUACAUAUCACAACGAGGCUGAGGUCAUCCUGUCUGAGGCUGAGCUGCUGCUGCAUGUUGAGCGUCUUGUCCAAUCGGUGAAGGCCCUGUGCAGUACUCUGGCCUCCGUGGAGUCGGCCGACCUGACCUCUGCCCUCAGCCAGCUCCCAGCAUGCCCUUGUCGCCUGCAGCCGAAGGUUCAGAAGGAUAUCUCUGUAUUGGCUGUCAAAGGAAACAGAGAAAAGGUGGUGGAGAGGCUGACAGUGGCCAUCCUGGACCAGGUGGAGCUGUACUGCAGCACCUUCAACGCCAACUUCCACACAGCGCCGCCCAGCAGCCGCAGCACUGCGCCCAUCCAGGAGGCGGGCGUGGUGAACAACGUGCUCUCCUUCAGCGUCUACUCGGCCCACCGCGUCCCCAUCACUUGGGCGGCCAGUUACGAGGGCUUCUUCCUCUCCUGCUCCCUGACUCACGGCGGGGCGGAGCUGUGUGCUCCUCAGCACACCAGUAAGCAGGCGGUCAGCAAGUACCUAUUCCACCUGGUGGUCUGGGACCAAAGGGUGUGUUUCCCAGUGCAGAUCAACCAGCUGCCCCGUGAGUCCCAGCUGACUGUGACUCUGUACGCCACGGCUCUACCGCCCCCUGGUGGCACGGAGGAGAAGGGCAAGCAGCGGCGCAGCAUCGACGCGCUGGGCUGGGUGACCAUGCCCCUCUUCAACUUCAGACAUGUUCUGACGUGUGGAAGGAAGCUGCUUGGUCUCUGGCCGUCCAUCCCAGGAAGUGGAAACGCACGCUCAAGCUCUCCCAACUUCAGCCAGCCUGACAGCGUCAUCCUGCAGGUGGACUUCCCCACCUCGGCGUUCGAGGUCCGCUUCAGCACCCCCGGGCCGGCGGACUUCUGCCCGCAGUACGAAUUCUCCAGGCUGGACACAGCCAGCCAGCGCCAGCUGCAAGACGUCCUGCACAAGAAGUCCCUCUUCUGGUUGACGGUGGAGGACAGGCGGCUGCUGUGGGAGAAGAGAGCCUUCUGCCAGGAGGAGAGCGCCGCCCUGCCACUGGUGCUGGCCAGCGCCCCCUGCUGGCAGUGGUCCUGCCUGCCCGACAUAUACGCCCUGCUGAGGCAGUGGGCCUGCCUGAGCCACAUGGACGCUCUGGGGCUGCUGCACGCCUCGUUUCCCGACCAGGAGCUGAGGCGGACUGCGGUGCAGUGGAUGGACUCCAUAUCAGACCCCGAGCUGCUGGACUUCCUGCCUCAACUAGUCCAGGCGCUGAAGUACGAGUGCUACCUGGACAGCGCGUUGGUCCGCUUCCUGCUGCGGAGGGCCAUCGGAGACGUCCGCAUCGCCCACUACCUGUUCUGGCUGCUGAAGGACGCGCUGCAGGACCGUCAGUUCAGCGGGCGCUACCAGCACCUUCUGGCCGCCCUGCUGUGCUGCGCCGGCCGUGGCCUGAGGGAGGAGUUUGAGCGCCAGUGCUGGAUGGUGUCCGUCCUUGCCAAGGUGGCCCAAAGAGUCAGGGACGCCAUGGCCUCCAACAGACAGACGGUCCUUAGGGAGGGUCUGGACGAGAUGAAGCAGUUCUUCUCUGUCAACAGCAGCUGUCGGAUGCCCCUCAACCCUGCCCUGCUGGUGAAAGCCAUCAACGUCCAGUCCUGCUCCUUCUUCAACUCCAACGCUGUUCCCCUGAAGCUGUCCUUCCAGAACGUAGACCCCCACGGAGACAACAUCAAUGUCAUAUUUAAGUCGGGGGACGACUUGCGGCAGGACAUGCUGACCCUGCAGAUCAUCCGCAUCAUGAACCGGAUCUGGAUCCAGGAGGGGCUGGACAUGAGGAUGGUGAUCUUCAGAUGCUUCGCCACCGGCCGGGGGAGAGGCAUGGUGGAGAUGAUCCCCCAGGCAGAGACCCUGAGGAAGAUCCAGGUAGAGCACGGGGUCACGGGCUCCUUCAAGGACCGCCCGCUGGCUGACUGGCUGCAGAACCACAACCCCACCGACGACCAGUAUGAGAAGGCGGUGGAGAACUUCAUCUACUCGUGUGCGGGCUGCUGCGUGGCGACCUACAUCCUGGGGAUAUGCGACCGCCACAACGACAACAUCAUGCUGAAGACCAGCGGCCACAUGUUCCACAUCGACUUCGGGAAGUUCCUGGGUCACGCGCAGAUGUUCGGGAACAUCAAGCGGGACCGCGCCCCCUUCGUGUUCACCUCGGACAUGGCCUACGUCAUCAACGGCGGGGACAAGCCCUCCAGCCGCUUCCACGACUUUGUGGACCUUUGCUGCGAGGCGUACAACCUGAUCCGCAAGCACGCACACCUCUUCCUAAACCUGCUGGGCCUGAUGCUGUCCUGCGGUAUCCCAGAGCUGUCUGACCUGGAGGAUCUGAAGUAUGUCUACGACGCCCUGAGACCCCACGAGUCAGAGGCCGACGCCACCAUGUACUUCACCAGGCUGAUCGAGUCCAGUCUGGGCAGCGUAGCCACCAAGCUCAAUUUCUUCAUCCACAACCUGGCCCAGAUGAAGUUCGCCUCCUCGGAGGAGCGGCCCGUGCUGACCUUCGCCCCGCGGGUCCACACCCUGAAGAGUGACGGGCUCAUCCGCAACCUCUACGUGUGCCGCCACAUCCGCACCUACAGCCCCAGCAAGGGCUACGCCUUCGUGGUGAAGGUGGAGCGAGAGGGGCUCCAGCAAGGGGCAGCAUUGGUCCAGAGGAGCUUUGAAGAGUUCCACGAACUGCACUGCAAACUGCGGCUCAUCUUCCCUUCGUCCAAGCUGCCCAGCUUCCCCAGCCGGUUUGUGAUUGGCCGCUCGCGAGGAGAGUCCAUGGCUGACCGGAGGAAAGAUGAGCUGAAUGGUUACGUGUGGCAUCUGGUCCACGCCGCUCCUGAGGUCGCCCAGUGUGACCUCAUCUACACCUUUUUCCACCCGCUGCCGAGAGACGAGAGACCAGGCACCCCCCUCCAGCCCCUGCACAACAAACCAGCCGAGCUCUCCUGGUCGCCCACCUCGGGGAAGGACAUGGGGGAGGUCAAGCUGUCCAUCUCCUACAAGAGUGACAAGCUGUUCAUCAUGGUCAUGCACAUACGCGGCCUGCCCCUCCAGGACGGGACGGACCCGGACCCCUAUGUGAAGCUCUACCUGCUGCCGGACCCCCAAAAGACCAGCAAGAAGAAGACCAAGGCUGCACGGCGCACCUGCAACCCCACCUACAACGAGAUGCUGGUGUAUGAACGCAUCCCCCACGGGGACCUGGACCAGAGGGUGAUCCACCUGCGGGUGCUGGGGGACGGGCCCUUCUGGGAGAACUCCCUGCUGGGGGAGACUUUCAUCCCCCUGAAGAAGCUCCUUCCUGGUCAGCACUGGGUGGACUGGCAUCGGCUGGGCCUUGAGGGCCUGGAGGUGGCCCGCUGACACACAAGGUGUGUGUGUGUGUGUGUGUGUGUGUGUGUGUGUGUGUGUGUGUGUGUGUGUGUGUGUGUGUGUGUGUGUGUGAAAGAUACAAGAGGAAAGCAAAAAAACGCCUUCCUGAAGAAAGGCUGAUUGACAAUGGAUUGAUCAUCAGCUCUGUGAGGUAGUGGACAUUUUCUCACACCAUAUUUAGUUUUCUUUCAAAUGUGAGUUCUAAUUUCGGCUAAUAUUACAGAGUGAUUUUGUUCAGAUCUUUUAUGUUUUUUUGUUUACAUUGCCCAGUGUGUAGAUAUGCAGAAGUAGAACUAUGCCGUGCAAAUGUGUUUUGCAGGAAAGGAAGGACUAUUUGGACUUAAGAUUUUGACAGUCCUUUAUGUAUAUUCUGUACAGCUCUAGUCUGUGUAUUUUCUGCUGUUGAGUAGCUGUUAUGCUAAAAUGUUGUGCAGCACGAGCUACCUUAGCAGUCAAUGUUACUUGUCAAAACUAACACCACGGGCAGACUCUGUAUUUGGCUUUUAGUCAUUCUAAAUGUUGAGCUGAAAAUUAAAAAUUAACCAAUAUGUAGACUAUUUUUUCUCUUGGGAAGGAUGCAUGGGUGUUGAUUCAUUUGUAUGUGUGCAUGUGUCUUUGUUUGUGUGAGUGUGUGUCCAUAUGAGAGAAUCUGAAUACUUUAUUGGAUUUUAUGCAGUGCCCUUCUGAUUGUAACCCAUCUUUUGUGCUUUUUUUUAUCUGAACUUAUAAAAUCACUGUUUCAUUCCCUUAAAGAUCCUGUGAAUCACAAAGAAUAUGUAUACAUCUUUUUUUAACUAAAUGAAUAUCGGUAACCGCUUAAAAACACUGCAUUACAUGUACUUGUACUUCAAUGCAUCAUUAGAUUUGUGCAGAACUGCAAAACUGUGAGAACCAGUUGAGCCAGAAACCAUGCAGUUAGCUUCCAGGGAAAAUCUAAAUACAGUUUAAAAUGUGGACUGAAUGACUGACACAUAAUCUAACAUGAAGAUCACUUAACUCGUUGGCAUUGAGCUUUAGAUUCACUGCUGAAGUUGUGGAAUUUCUCAAUUUUUGGUGAAAUUUAGAAGUUUCUCUAAAUGGCCCUAGAUCUCAUGGUGAUCUCAGCAUAUUCUGCAAGCACAUUCAAUUGAUGGUGUGAGGUUUCUAUUUUUGAACACUGCCUAUUUCUGUAUGAUGUUUAAAAGUAAGGAGAUGGGAAACCUUGGCUCAUCAUGCAUCAGCACAAAAUGGUCUUCAGAAUUCCAAGAUGGACAGGAGGCUGUUAAAAGAGUGCCAAAAAAUAACUUAAAGGUCAAGAACAGUCUGGGGGUCUAACCUUUGUAACUCUAUCCUGGCUUCACUCAAACAUCAGUCACCAGUAUCAGUUUGGGAUCCUGCCAGCCAAUGAAUGAAAGUAAGGGUGUCGAAGCACUUAUGUAUUUUGGUGAAUCCAAGUAACAGUGAAUCACCAUACAAGUCCUUCACCAAGUGUCCUAAAUAGCAAAGUGCUCUAUUGCUAUUUGUUUGACAAAGAUUUUGGUAAGGAUGUUUCAGUGAAGCCAGGACCGAGAGCUACAGGGAUUUGGUCACAAAGACCUGUGUUGUCGGGCUAUUAUGAGAGGCAUUUGAACCAUGGCCCGUUGAAGGUGUGUUGUAUAUAAUGCGCGUAGCCUUUAAUGUUAAUACGUUCCAAUUGAACUGGAUAUGAUGCAUGUAAAUAAGGCCAAAAUUAUCAAUGUGAUUUGAUUUAACUUUGUUUUUGUGAAUAAAUAACAGCUGUAUUGUAACACUUUUGGAACAUGUUUUUGUAAUAUUAUUUGCACUUCAGAAUACACUUUAAUCUUAAAUCAAGUUAAAGAAUAAAUGUUAUAAUAAUAAUAAUAAUGGAUUGAAUUUAUAUAGCGCUUUUCUAUACACUCAAAGACGCUUUUACAGGGAAGGGGGAACCUCACUAACAACCACCAGUGUGUAGCACCCACUUGGGUGAUGCACGGCAGCCAAUCUGCGCCAGAACGCUCACCACACACCAGCUUGAGGUGGAGAUUGACGGAAUUAAUGAGUCAGCCAAUUAUAGAGGAGGAUGAUUAGGGGGCCAGAAUGAUUGAACCUGGUUGGGCCAGGCUAUCACUGAUCUGUGGAUCAGUGAUCCUGAUUCUGAUUCUGUGGACUGAAUCAGUGAUAACUGAUUCAGUCCACAGAAUCUAUUCAACUUAUUCAACAAAUAAGUUGAAUAGAAAACUAACAGAUGUAGCCUUAGUACUAUAAUCAAACUAGUAUAAUAUUGAUGUUCAACUAACAAAUAUAGCCCUAUUGCUAUAAUAGACCUCUGAAGAAUAAGUCCCGCCACCGAGGCUCCUGGUUCCAUCAGUCAAAUGUCUGGGAAAUCGCAUGUUUUUUUUGAAUGAUCGUAAUGAUCAAACUGUAGGUGGAGAAGAAGUAAAAGCUGCUCACGUUUUGAAAUACCCAUCUUGAUGUACCGCCGCGUCCCUCGCGGAGGCAGGCAACAGGCAGCGGGGCUCCGGUGGGAGACAAUCGCGGGCAACGAUCCCUUUCUCCUCCAUGUCGCAGUUUAUGUACUUCAGAGAGGCAUAUCCAAAUAACAAAGAAAUGUACAACACUUGGGUUACAGUAUGUGUAUUCACACUCACACACACAGACACACACACGUGGCACUCGCACGGUCGUAGAUAAUUGUCUCUAUCGCAAUGGCGCGGCGCACACAGCUUUUGGCCGUGUUCUGUAAAUAUUCUAAAACAAUACGGGUGUUCUGGCGGGAGUCCUGGAGCUCUAUAUCUAAGUGGAGUGGAAACUCUCAUCCGGUUGUUUCUAGUCAUGCCUGCGUCAUCCGCAGAAGCUGAAAGAAGCUUCACUGCCCUCAGAAGGCUCAAGACGUGGCUCCGUUUGACAAUAGGACAGGGAAGAUUGAACCAGGUAGCUCUAUUUCACAUUCAUAAGGCUAAACUUGACCUUGUGGAUCGCAAAACGAUCUGUCAGGAAUUUGUUGCUUCCAGUGAUAGACGCAAAAAGGUAUUUGGUACAUUUUAAUGUAGUUCAAAGACAGGACCUCCGAACCCUAUAUGAUGAGGCCACCCGCUCUCUCAGGCAGGCCUGUCGUAAAGCCGAAAGAAAAUCGAAAAAGGAUCACCUUACUGUCUCCUUUGAAAUCCUUUGAAAAACUGCUUUAGCUGCUUUCCAGGCUGCAGCAAAAAAAGCCAGGGCAAAGCACCUCUCUGAUUUGAUCAGUAAACACUCAAACAGACCAAACAUUUUAUUUAGCACUAUUAACUCUGUUAUCAACCCUGUUAACUCCCCAGCUGCUGAUGUAUCUACUGCUACCUGUGAGGAAUUCCUUAAGUUUUUCAUUAACAAAAUAGAGAACAUC